AAUUCAUAAUGUGACCACUGACCAUUUGCCUCCGCAUUUUUCUGUUGGGUUCCUUUUCACGUAACUUCACAAUCCACCCCUCUUUCUUCCUCCUCUUCUGUCUUUUCCAAAUUGCCGUACUAUAAAGCACUGAGCUGAGCUCCCUCGAUGCUCCUCCUGCACGUUUCAAUUCAACAAACACUUCUUCAACUUAACUUCCCCCUCCUCCUCCUCCUCCAUGUCAACCCCAACCUCCCCAUUUCCUCUUUCCCAAUAUGCCCUCUCAUUUCCCAACUAAUCCCACUUCUACCCCAACACCCAACUCCGACCACCCAACCUCCUCCUCCGACAACCUGAACGCCACCCGAUCACCCAAAACGACACCGUCAGAGAUGUGGAACUACCUCUGGAUUCCUUUCCUGAUUUCCUUGUCCAAGGAGCUCAGCUUGGCCAAGGCCCAGUCCCCGAUUCUCUUGCCGAGUCAACUCGGAGUCGGCCCCUCCGACUCGUCCUCCACCAGGUGUACGGCUCUAGACCCCAAGCUCAAUUACCGGCCGGUGAUCGGCAUCCUCAGUCAUCCCGGCGACGGCGCCUCUGGUCGGCUCAGCAACGCCUCGACGGCGUCGUAUAUCGCUGCUUCCUAUGUCAAGUUUGUUGAAUCUGCUGGGGCUCGUGUUAUUCCUCUCAUCUACAACGAGCCUCCUGAUGUUCUGUUCCAGAAGCUCAAUCUGGUCAAUGGCGUGCUUUUCACUGGAGGCUGGGCUAAAAGUGGUUUGUACUAUGACAUUGUGGAGAGAAUAUUUCAGAAAAUUAUAGAGAAGAAUGAUGCAGGGGACCAUUUUCCUUUAUAUGCCACCUGCUUAGGUUUUGAACUUCUAACAAUGAUCAUCAGCAAGAACAAGGAAAUUCUUGAGUCUUUCAGUGCAGAAAAUAUGGCGUCAACUUUACAGUUUACUGAGAACACGAUUAUUGAAGGAACUGUGUUUCAAAGAUUUCCUCCAGACUUGCUUAAAAAGUUGAGUACAGAUUGUAUUGUAAUGCAAAACCAUCAUUAUGGUAUCUCACCAGAGAGGCUGCAGGAGAAUCCCAAUCUGUCAAGCUUCUUUAAGAUCUUGACGACUAGUACUGAUAAAGAUAAUAAGGUCUAUGUCUCCACAGUGCAUGCAUACAGCUAUCCUGUGACUGCCUUUCAAUGGCAUCCCGAGAAAAAUGUUUUUGAAUGGGGCUCACCAAUGAUUCCGCACUCAGAAGAUGCCAUUCAAGUAACCCAGCACAUCGCAAACUUUUUGGUCAGUGAGGCAAGGAAGUCAUUAAACAGGCCACCUGUUCGUAAAGUCCUUGACAAUCUCAUCUACAAUUACAGUCCAACUUUCUGUGGGAAGGCUGGGACGGGAUUCGAUGAAGUUUACAUCUUUACUCAACCGUCACUCGCUCAUCUGUAAAUCAAACAUGUACAUGGAAGAUUGUUUAUGGAGAUUGGGUAAAGAAUGUUUGAAAUGUAAACAUAUUGUAUUUAUAAGACAGUGGCGCUCUCAUGAGUCUAAAUCUGUCUGUGCUUUUGUCCGGCGUUGUCUGCAAGGCUCUUGCACAGCUUUCAUUUAGAAUUGGCACCUUUUCUUGUGCUAUCUUCCCCAUUCUAUUUCAGCUUUGUAAACAUAUAAUACUUGGAAUGAAGAAAAUAAGCAUCUGUUUAGCGUCAUAUUAUUGGAAGACCUGUUCAUUUU